UCGGUUUGUUUUGCAGUCUUGAGUUGUCCGCAAAGUUAUAGCAGAGCUGGAGACAGAUAACCUUUUAAAUAAUGGAUAAUGAUGUUCUCGUGCAGACAAAGGAUUGGAGGAACACUAAGGAGGCGGUUGCGAACUUUCGACGACUGCUACUUUGCUCAAAAUGCUCAGAUCUAAUGAAGGAACCUGUGUGUCUAGGGAUGUGCGAGCAUAUGCUAUGCAGGUCCUGUGCUGGCCCCCAGGCAGGAGAUGGCUGCGUGGUGUGUCAUAGUCCUGCAUGGGUGAAGGACAUCCAAAUCAACAGGCAGCUCAGCAGCAUCAUACAGCUUUUCUCUGGUUUGGAGUCUUUGCUUGGUCCCAUUGAGCAACCAGACUCCUCUGUAUCCGAAAUUCAAACACAACCGGAGAGUCCUAUCUUAAAACACAAGAAGAACUUCAAGAUCUGGUUCAGCCCCCGCAGCCGCAAGGUACGUUGUGUUGCAGAGAAGCCUUCAGAGGUCACUGCAAGAGAGAAUAGGUCUUCUGGAGAAACAGCCGCAGCACAGCCAGAUGCCAUUUCUGCUAAACACCGGGACCUGUCAGUUUUUAAUUUCACCUCAUCCUCCCAAGACUCUGGCUCCUCUUCCUCUCAAAGAUGUAAAAAUGAAAGCACGAACAGGAAGAAGAUGUCAGCUAAGAAAAAUGCUGCCAGCAGGAAGGUGUCAAUGCAAGGGGCCACUAGGACCACACGAAAACAGACCAAGCAGAAGAUGAAGAAGAACAGGCUGGAGGCCAUAAACCAGCAAUGGGGGAUCACCGAGGAGGUAGUCGCCUUAAAGGAAAAGGAGCAUUCCUGUGCUGAAGGGAAAAAGAGGUCCAGUAAGAGGGUUUCCUUCCUAAGCCCUGCUGUCACGUCUGACGAGCCUCAGCCAGAAGUGCCACAGGGGAGUACUAAUGAACUCAGCCCUGGCAGGAGCACCAUGACGGAGAGUCUCUCAGGAGCUGUACUGAAUGACCAAACCCAGCCUGGUCAGAGCAUGUCAGACAGUGUUGUGCAGCAUGACAAACUGUCUACAAAUGACCCCAACCCCAGUGACACUCAUGAAAAACAGGACAACAUUUCUCCCCCAAAGCAUUCCUCAAAAAGAUCCAGAGUGGAGGAGAAGGUCGCCACAUGGGAGACCACCCCAAGAAGGCCCAGGGCUUCCCCAGUCAGGAGGAGAAAAUCACAGAUGUCCCCAACUGUCCUCAACCCUCCAUCUUUGGCUAGCCCCAGGUGUGGUAACAGCAUCAAAAACUCAAGACAGGAGCAAGGAGACAGCCCGUCUGUCCUAGCCACUGUUAGCAGAAAAUCUCCCUGUACUCAUGGUGCAUCAGUUGGACGGCCCACCUCAGGGAGCCCUGCAAUUAUGAAGAGGAACCACAAGGGAGAGACCCUGCUGCAUCUAGCUGCUAUAAAGGGAGAUGUAGAGGCUGUCAAAGAAAUGCUGGACCAGGGGGCUGACCCUAACCUGAAGGAUAAUGCAGGGUGGACACCUCUGCACGAAGCGUGUAACCUGGGUCACCUGGCAGUUGUGGAGGUGUUGGCCUCAAGGGGAGCCCUGUUGAAUACGCCCGGCUAUGAAAAUGACUCUCCACUCCAUGAUGCAGUGAGGAAUGGACACCCAGCCAUUGUGAAAGUGCUGCUACAGCUUGGAGCCUCACAGAAUGUACUUAAUCUGCAUGGAAAGCGGCCCGCACAUUAUGCAGUGAGUCGGGAGAUGCUUGAUAUUUUCCAGGAAGCCUCAGAAGGAACUCAAUGUGCUAAUACAUCUCUUAGCCCCUCGGCCAGCCUGUCUGUGGUGAGCGACUGUGUGAGGAGAGACGAAAUGGUGGUGUUUCUGGCCAGCAAACUAUCACGCCCAGAACAGAAUCAACUGGCCAAACUGGGAGGGCUACUGGGAGGGAAGAUAGCUGACAGCUUUUCUGGCUCAGUGAGCCAUGUCGUGCUGCCAGAAGGACACAUGCCCACCACCUACUCCACCCUCCUGGGUCUUCUUGCUGGCUGCUGGGUUGUCAAAUUCAGCUGGGUGGAGGCAUGUCUGCAGGCGGGCAAGUGGAUGCCCGAAACUGAGCACGAAGCGGGAGAAGGCCCCCAGCGCAGUCGCAUCAACAGAUGUAGCUUGCUCCCGCCACUCUUCGAUGGCUGUUUCUUCUUCCUCCUCGGCCCCUUUAAGGCGCCUUCUAAAGACGAGAUCGCCAAGCUGAUCCGGGAGGGAGGAGGUCAACUCCUGAGCCGGCAGCCUAAGCCCGACAGCGAUGUGACACAAACCCUGAGUGCUGCUGCCUACCAUGCGCUGCCAGGCUCUGAUCAGGCCCUCUGCACACAGUACAUUAUCUUUGACCCCCAGGGCCCUCACAAGCCGGCAGUCGUGAGGCGAGGUAAGGUGUGGUCAGCUCCCUCCACAUGGCUCAUAAACUGCAUCGCAGCCUUCCGCCUCCUCCCCGUGCUGGACCCUCAAACACUGGUCUAAACAGUCUUUCAUAUAUUCCCUAAUAAUUGUGCACUGAAAAAUCACUUUUCCUUGAGCAUGGUCAUAAUGUGUUUGUGGUGUUUUUUAAUAUGCAGUGAUACGGUGGUUACAAAUCUCAUAAGCAGUAAUAAAACAAUAAUGUGGCUAUUCAAAUCUAAAAUAAAAGUGUUUA